UGUUGAAAUUAGCAAUAAGAAGUUUAAUUUGCUCUUAGUGGGUUUAAAACGAGUUUCCUGGGAGCAUUUAACUGGAUUUCAGAUAUUUUUACUCUGAGUGUAUAAAUGUACAGGAAGUUAACUGAUAUUUUAGGAGGAUCACGUAGUUUAACUGGUUUUAAGGUUUCUUAAUGGGAACAGACUCAGUUUCAUUGCCUCUUGGCAGGUUUAUGUGAUUUUACUGGAAUUAGAGGGUUUGUUUGGGUCUGACUGGUUUAGAUGGUUCAGGCUCAGUGAAACAAACACUUUGCUGGUUAUCUGGAGUUUGUUGAAGGAGCUCUGAGUGAAGCUGUGUGAGUCCUGAAGGUGGCGCAGCAGCGAGCACCAGCUGGUCCUGGAGAACCUUCAGCUGUGGCUCCGCUGACCUGCGGGGGGCGCUGUGAGCCAGAGAAACAACACGUGACCGGGCAGGAGAGCUGCGGGUGUUUCAGUGUGUGAGGAACAAAGUUGAGCUGUGAAUAAAAACCUCCGUGACGCAGAACAAACCUUUCCUCCAUCAAAUCAAAGAACUCCUUAUUUAAACUACAUGAAAAUGAUCUUUAAACACAGACAGUAUUUGGCCUGUAUUUUAUUAUAACUUUAUUUUUUUUAUUUAUUUCCUAUUUUCAACUCAUUUUAACCGGAUUUGUACAAUUUUGUUGUGUUUUUUAUCUCGCGGUGUUCAUUGACGCCGCUGUCUGUCCUGCGGUGUCUCCUCUCCUCCUGCAGGAGGUGCUGUGUCUCUUCUCUAACUAAAACGGACGUGACGUCACAGCACGGUAGCUCUCCUCACAGCUAACUCGGAGCUUGGCUGGAGCAAAGAGACUCGCAGCAGCUCAGAGAAACCCGAACACCGAGCCUUAGUUUGUCCCUGUGACCGGACCGUGCCGGAUUCAGACCGCAGGAGAAGCAGCUGCCCGCAGAGAUGCCUGAAACUGAGACGUACUCCAACCCUCUGGCUCCUGAGGGCCACGACAUGGACGACCACCGAGCUGCAGCUCAGUCCAAACUGACCAAUGAUGACUUCAGGAAGCUGCUGAUGACGCCGCGGGCAACGCCCUCCUCGGCCCCACCCUCCAAGUCCAGACAUCAUGAAAUGCCGAGGGACUACAACGAGGAUGAGGACCCCGCAGCGAGGAGGAGAAAGAAGAAGAGUUACUAUGCGAAGCUGCGUCAGCAGGAGAUGGAGCGUGAGCGCGAGCUCGCCGAGAAGUACCGAGACCGAGCGAGAGAGCGGCGAGAUGGCGUCAACAAGGACUACGAGGAGACCGAGCUCAUCAGCACUACGGCAAACUACCGAGCUGUCGGGCCGACCGCCGAGGCCGAUAAGUCGGCAGCAGAGAAGCGGCGUCAGUUGAUCCAGGAGUCCAAGUUCUUGGGAGGUGACAUGGAGCACACUCACUUGGUGAAAGGUCUGGACUUCGCCCUGCUGCAGAAGGUGAGAGCUGAGAUCACCAGCAAGGAGAAGGAAGAAGAAGACAUGAUGGAGAAGGUCCAGAAAGAAGCCAAGAAGGACGUGGAGCCCGAGGAGAAGAUGGAGUUUAAGACUCGUCUGGGCAGGAACAUCUACCGCGUGGUGUUCAGGUCCGGCGUGACCGAGAGGAACGAGCUCUUCCUGCCCGGCAGGAUGGCGUACGUGGUCGACCUGGACGACGAGUUCACCGACACCGACAUCCCCACCACGCUGAUCCGCAGCAAGGCGGACUGUCCCAGCAUGGAGGCUCAGACCACCCUGACCACCAACGACAUCGUGAUCUCCAAGCUGACUCAGAUCCUGUCCUACCUCAGGCAGGGAACCCGCCACAAGAAGAUCAAGAAGAAGGACAAAGGUAAACUGGACGAUAAGAGAGCUCCAGAGGCUGAUCUCAGUAUCUUUGAGGACAUCGGGGACUAUAUCCCAUCCACCAAACCCACCAAAGAGAAAGAGCGUCACCGGGACAGAGACCGGGAGCGUGACCGUGACGACGACACCAAGAGCCGCAGACACACCUACUUUGAGAAACCGCGAGGCGACGAGCACCAGGUGAUGGAGGUGGACACAGGUCCAGGAUCAGUCAGAGACCAGAUCAAGAUGAUCAAUGAGAAGUUUGCAGGAGCAGCAGGCAGCCAAUGGCAGAGCCAGGAGCCUGGCUCUCAGAGGAGAGACUCCAGUAAGGAGCAGCUGGGAGAUUUUUUUGGAGGAUCAAACUCAUACGCAGAGUGUUACCCUGCUACGAUGGACGACCUGGCCGUGGACAGUGACGAAGAGGUGGACUACAGUAAGAUGGACCAGGGCAAUAAGAAGGGUCCUCUGGGCCGCUGGGACUUCGACACUCAGGAGGAGUACUCGGAUUACAUGAACAACAAGGAGGCGCUGCCCAAGGCUGCCUUCCAGUACGGCAUCAAGAUGUCUGAAGGCAGGAAGACACGACGUUUCAAAGAGACCAAUGAGAAGGCAGAGCUCGACCGCCAGUGGAAGAAGAUCAGCGCGAUCAUCGAGAAGAGGAAGAAGAUGGAGGCUGACGGGGUCGACGUGAAGAGACCAAAAUACUGAAGACGCCCCGCAGACCCAGCAGCUAAAUCGAUCGUGUAUCGAUCGGCUUCAUGUUAGUUUAGAAACAUGUAAAUGUACAGAGAUGCUGUGAGGUCAGAGAUCACUGACCCUGAUAAGUGUGUAUUGUUAUUGAUUAGCUGUUCUUAUUGAUCAGUUUGUUUUGUGAGAAUAAAAACAUCCAAACAUC